AAAAACCAGAAUCUUCCUUCAUUCUCUCUCUUCUAUUGAGUUGUGCGCUUGUUGUGUUACAUAUUCGCCUCCUCCCUCCUCCUCCUCCUCCCGCAGGGAUCAGCCUCACACCAUGGAGGGCAGCAGCAGCCCGCAACCCCAGGAUCAUGAGGGCAUAGAAUCCUGGCUGGACGAUCACUGGGAUUUCACACACUCUUACUUUGUUAGGAAAGCUACGAGAGAAAUGGUCAAUGCGUGGUUUGCUGAAAGAGUUCACACAAUACCGGCUACAAAAGAAGGCGGGAAAACUGCUACAGAAACAAACCAACUUUUUGAAAAUAACACACAGGCAACUCCAGUUAGGAAGAUUUCUGCCUCUGAAUUUGAUAGGCCUCUCAGGCCAAUUGUUGUAAAGGACUCUGUAGGAACAGUCACAUUCCUCUCUGAUUCAGAAAAAAGGGAACUAAUGCCUCUGCAACCACCAAAUGUAUCCAGUGCUAGUGAUCAAUGUUCAAGGCUUUUGGAACUAGUGAAGGAUAUUUCAAGUCAUCUUGAUGUCACAGCCCUAUGCCACAAAAUCUUCUUGCACAUUCAUGAACUUAUCGCAGCUGAUCGAUAUUCCCUUUUUUUGGUGUGUGAGGACAGUUCCAAUGAGAAGUUUCUGGUCAGUCGAUUGUUUGAUGUAGCAGAAGGGACCACCUUGGAAGAAGCAUCAAAUAAUUGCAUCCGUCUGGAGUGGAGUAAAGGGAUUGUGGGACAUGUGGCAGAGUUUGGUCAGCCUUUGAAUAUAAAAGAUGCAUACAAGGACUCUCGAUUCAAUGCGGAAGUUGACCAAAUUACUGGGUACAAAACGCAAAGUAUUCUCUGUAUGCCUAUUAAGAACCAUAGAGAAGAGGUUGUCGGUGUUGCCCAGGCAAUCAAUAAAAAAUCCGGUAACAACGCAACCUUUACGGAGCAAGAUGAAAAGGAUUUUGCUGCAUACUUGGCCUUCUGUGGAAUCGUCUUACACAAUGCUCAGCUGUACGAGACUUCACUGCUUGAAAACAGGCGCAACCAGGUACUUCUUGACCUUGCAAGUUUAAUAUUUGAAGAGCAACAGUGUCUUGAGGUUCUUCUAAAGAAGAUUGCUGCAACAAUUCUGUCAUUCAUGCAAGCUCAGAGAUGCACCAUCUUUAUAGUUGAUGAAGAUUCCCCUGAUACAUUUUCUAGUGUUUUCCAUAUGGAGUCUGAGGAAUUAGAAGAUUCUCCAGAUGCAAUAAAAAGGGAAUAUGAUGUCAACAAAAUUAAUUACAUGUAUGCUCAGUAUGUUACAAAUACAAUGGAACCACUUAACAUCCCUGAUGUCUAUAAAGAUAAAAGGUUUUCUUGGACAAAUGGAAUUGAAGAAAAUAGUGCUAAGCACACCCAAAGCUUGCUAUGCACUCCAAUCAAGAACGGGAAGAAGAAUAAAGUGAUAGGCGUCUGCCAGCUUGUAAACAAGGUGGAUGAGAACUCUGGCAAAAUCAAGGCGUUUAACAGAAAUGAUGAGCAAUUUCUGGAAGCAUUUGCCAUAUUCUGUGGCUUGGGGAUCCAGAACACACAGAUGUACGAAGCUGUGGAGCGAGCAAUGGCCAAACAGAUGGUUACUUUAGAGAUUCUUUCAUAUCAUGCAUCCGCUGCUGAAGAAGAAACUCUGGAGCUGCAGGUAACAGCGGGAACCAUUCUGCCAUCUGCACAUUCGCUUAGGCUAACAGACUUCUACUUCAGUGAUUUCGAGCUUUCUGACAUGGAAACCACAUUAGCCACAAGCCGAAUGUUCACAGACCUCAACCUUGUGCAGAACUUCCAAAUGAAAUAUGAGACCCUUUGCAGAUGGAUCCUGAGUGUAAAGAAGAACUAUCGUAAGAAUGUUGCAUAUCACAACUGGCGGCACGCAUUCAACACAGCGCAGUGUAUGUUUGCUGCCCUGAAAACUGGCAAAAUUCAGAAUAAAUUGUCUGAUUUAGAGAUCCUAUCUCUGAUGAUAGCAACAUUAUGUCAUGACUUGGAUCACAGAGGGGUUAACAAUGCAUUUAUACAGAGAAGUGAACAUCCCUUAGCACAGCUGUACUGUCAUUCCAUCAUGGAAAAUCAUCACUUUGACCAAUGCCUUAUGAUCCUUAACAGUCAGGGUAACCAGAUUCUAAGUGGACUUUCAGUUCAGGACUACAAGACUGCUCUGAAAAUGAUCAAAAAAGCCAUUCUUGCCACAGAUUUAGCUCUGUUUAUCAAGAGGAGAACAGAAUUCUUUAACUUAGUUAAAAAGAAGAUUUUCAGCUGGGAUAAUCCAUCACAAAAGGAAUUGUUGUUAUCAAUGUUAAUGACUGCUUGUGAUCUGUCUGCAAUAACCAAACCUUGGCCAGUUCAGCAAAGGAUAGCUGAACUUAUUGCUUCCGAAUUUUAUGAUCAAGGGGAUAAAGAGAGGAAGGAAUUAAAUAUUGAGCCAAUAGAUCUGAUGAACAGAGAAAAGAAAGAUAAAAUACCGAGCAUGCAAGUUGGAUUUAUUGAUGCUGUCUGCUUAGACCUCUAUGAGACUUUGACACAGGUAUCUGAAGCAUGUUUCCCGUUACUGGAGGGAUGCAAAAGGAAUAAGCAGAGAUGGCAAGUUUUGGCAGAGCAGCAACAGAACAUGGUCAAUGGGGAAAAUAACCAGCCGAAACAAGACUGUGCCAUGGAUUAAACAAAAUCAGCAACGAUUUAUAUUAUUGUGGUACAAAAUAGCAUAACACUGUUUGCAAAACUUUAUACUUAGCCACUGUUUUGUAUUUAUUAAUUUCACAUAGAUUAUUUUCUUUUAUGGAAAUAGUCAUCUCUAUUGUAAAUGGUACAGCAUUGUAAUAUUUUAUAGGAGAGUGAUACACAAUGUAAUGUAUAUAACAAUAUAUCAGCCAUGAUGGCUUAUACAAUUCACUUGUCAUUAAUGUCCAGGAUUUGGUUUUAUUUUCCUAGUAGGAUCAGUGCCUUAAAACCUAACUAGCUUUAUUAGUGAAACACCAUUAUCACAUACUGUGCAGCCCAUACAAUAGUAAGAGGUUGAUAUAAAUGUAUUACUUAUUAUGAUUUUAUGUUGGUGAUUUAAACACUUUUAUUAUCCUCUCUCUGAAAUGGAGAUCUCAUCUAGAAGCUAAAAAAAAAAUCAUCUCUCCUACUGGGAAGCAGUCAGGGGCAGUUCUAGAAUUAAAACUUGGUGGGGGUAAACACUCUCUGCCUGCAGGGGGAGCUGUGUUUGUUCCAUGGGGUGAGGCAUUGUGGAAGGAGGUGGAAGUCACUAAAAUGCUACAAAAACAGGUUAACAGGAAAGAUCAUGACUUUUGGUAUAAAAAUCUGUUUCUAGUGUGUAACAUAAAACUUUCAAAAGUGAUUUAAAGGGACAUAGAUUGAAAUAGUAAUUAUGGGCUUGUACACUAGUACACUAUUUUAAUGCACUUUGCUAUAUAUGCGUAUAAAAUGACUGUUUUGCUUAUUGUUUUUUCUUCAAAUGUGAGAUAGACACAGGUCUCCUUAUGUCAUUGUCAGAACAUACUGUUGAAUGUUGUGCUACUGCCUAAGCACAGAAAUCAGUAACAGGCGCUUACACAUGGUUCCUGGCAUUAGAAAAGGCAAAAGCAUCCUUUUUAAAAGCACUUUGCAUUAAAAUAGUAAAAUAUGAAGUCCCAGCAUAAAUCUAUAGUCCCUUUCAUUUGUAUUACAAAACCCAUUGUCAUUGUGAUGACAUCUCUACAGAGGGGGUGGAAUAUACAACUAAAGGCCAUAAACGAACAUUUUACAUUAAAGGGACACAAAACCCAAUUUUUUUUCUUUCAUGAUUUUGAAAGAGUAUGCAGAUUUAAAGGGACACUAAACCCAAUUUUUUUCUUUAAUGAUUCAGAGAGAGCAUGCAAUUUUAAGCAACUUUCUAAUUCACUCAUAUUAUUAUUUUUUCUUUGUUCUCUUGCUAUCUUUAUUUAAAAAGCAGGAAUGUGAUGCAUAGGAGCUGGCCCAUUUUUGGUUGAGAACCUGGGUUAUGCUUGCUUAUAGGUGGGUAAAUGUAAGCCUCCAAUAACCAAGCACUAUCCAUGGUGCUGAACAUAAAAUGGGCUAAG